GGAAGGCAGGAUGUUAAUGAUUGAACCAGCCUAGUGAAUCAGUGCAGCUCUUGUCUUUGCAUUUAAACCAAUCUUCAUUUGCUCACAUCCCCUGGAUUCAUGUCUUCCGCCUAAUCUUGUUCAGAAGAGAUAUUAUCCUUUUAAUGUUUUGUUGGGUGUGAUUGUUUUUCUCUCUGCAACAAGGACCCCAGACCAAUAUUUGGAAAAUGUUUGCUGUGCAUUUGGUAUCCUUUUUCUUCACUAAAUUAAAAGAAGAUCAGAUUAAAAAGGUUGAUCGUUUCUUGUACCACAUGCGUUUGUCAGAUGAAACGCUACUAGAUAUAAUGGGUCGCUUCCGAAAUGAAAUGGAAAAAGGCCUGAAAAAGGACACAAACCCAACUGCAUCAUUGAAAAUGUUGUCGACCCAUGUCAGAUCUACUCCCGAUGGUUCUGAAAAGGGCGAUUUUCUGGCUCUUGAUCUUGGAGGCUCAAAUUUCCGUGUUUUGAGGGUGAAAGUGUCUGAAAAUGGAAAGCAGAAGGUGCAGAUGGACAGUCAGUACUACCCCAUGCCCAAUGAAACCAUGACAGGAAGUGGGGCAGAACUUUUUGACUAUGUUGCUGACUGCCUGGAGGACUUUAUAAAGAAAAGACAGAUAAAAGAAAACCUUCCACUGGGAUUUACAUUCUCAUUUCCUUGUAAGCAGACUAAACUGGAUGAGGGGGUACUUAUUUCAUGGACAAAAGAGUUUAAAGCAAGAGGGGUUCAAGGCUCCGAUGUUGUUAAUGUAUUGCGCAGCACCUUGCAGAAAAAACAGUGUGCAAAUGUGGAUGUUCUGGCACUUGUUAAUGACACUGUGGGUACAAUGAUGACAUGCGGAUAUGAUGACCAGUUGUGUGAAGUUGGUGUUAUUGUAGGAACUGGAACCAAUGCCUGCUAUAUGGAAAACCUGAGCAAUAUUGACUUUGUUGAAGGAGAUGAGGGAAGAAUGUGCAUAAACACAGAAUGGGGUGCUUUUGGAGAUGAUGGUCUCUUGGAUGAUAUCAGGACAGAGUUUGAUGAAGAAAUAGAUUUAGGAUCACUAAACCCUGGGAAACAACUGUUUGAGAAGAUGAUCAGUGGUCUGUACAUGGGAGAACUUGUCAGACUGGUUCUCUUAAAGAUGGCAAAGAAAGGCCUUCUGUUUGGUGGGAAGAUUUCUAAUGCUCUACGUACAAAGGGUUCCAUUGCAACAAGUCACGUAGCUGCCAUAGAAAAGUACAAGGAAGGGCUGUAUAACACAAAUCAGAUAUUAACUGAACUUGAGUUGGAGCCGGCAGAAGAAGACUGUAUAGCUGUUCAGCAUGUUUGCACCAUCGUUUCAUUUCGGUCAGCCAAUCUGUGCGCAGCUGCUCUUGCUGCGAUCCUUGAGCGACUUAGGGAGAAUAAGAAAUUGGAGAGGAUGAGGACUACAGUAGGGAUGGAUGGAACUGUUUAUAAAACACAUCCUCAAUAUGCUAAGCGGUUACACAAAGUUGUAAGAAGACUUGUACCCAACUGUGACGUACGAUUUCUACUCUCAGAAAGUGGCAGUGGCAAAGGCGCUGCUAUGGUCACCGCGGUGGCAUGUAGAUUACUGUCCCAGCACAAGCAAAUCGAUGAGAUUCUGGCCUUGCUGCAGCUCUCUAAUGAAAACCUCUUUGACAUUAAAGAGAGAAUGAUGAUAGAACUUAAAAAUGGACUGAUGAAAGAAACUCAUGGUUCAGCAACAGUGAAAAUGCUGCCAACGUUUGUGUAUGGUACUCCAGAUGGAACAGAAUGGGGAAAGUUCUUGGCCCUCGAUCUCGGAGGAACGAAUUUCCGAGUCCUACUUGUGAAAAUACGAAGCGGACGGAGAAAAUAUGUGAGAAUGUACAACAAGAUCUUUGCAAUUCCCCUGGAAAUCAUGCAAGGAACAGGUGAAGAGCUCUUUGACCACAUUGUAGAAUGUAUUGCUGAAUUUCUAGACUACAUGGGAAUUAAAGGUGCUCCUUUACCACUGGGAUUCACAUUCUCCUUUCCUUGCAAGCAAGAACGAAUUGAUAAGGGAACUCUAGUUGGAUGGACAAAAGGAUUUAAAGCUACUGAUUGUGAAGGUCAAGAUGUUGUUGAUAUGCUAAGAGAAGCAAUUAAAAGAAGGAAUGAAUUUGACUUGGAUAUUGUAGCAAUUGUCAAUGACACUGUGGGCACCAUGAUGACAUGUGGAUAUGAAGACCCUAAUUGUGAAAUUGGUCUUAUUGCAGGGACUGGAAGCAAUGUCUGUUACAUGGAAGAAAUGAAGAAUAUUGAAAUAGUGGAUGGAGAUGAAGGUAAAAUGUGCAUCAACACAGAGUGGGGAGGCUUUGGAGACAACGGCUGCCUGGCUGAUAUUCAAACAAAAUAUGAUAUUGAUGUAGAUGAAAAAUCAUUGAAUCCAGGGAAGCAGAGAUAUGAGAAGAUGACAAGUGGAAUGUACCUGGGGGAGAUAGUAAGGCAGAUUCUGAUUGAUCUAACAAAGUGUGGCCUACUGUUUCGUGGACAGAUUUCAGAAAGACUGAGGACCAAAGGAAUAUUUGAAACAAAAUUUUUGUCCCAAAUUGAAAGUGAUCGCUUGGCACUUCUUCAGGUCAGAAAGAUCUUGCAGCAGCUUGGUUUAGACAGUACAUGUGAUGACAGUAUAAUUGUGAAAGAAGUUUGUGGGGCCGUGUCAACGAGAGCAGCCAAGCUCUGUGGUGCUGGUUUGGCAGCUGUUGUGGAUAAAAUCAGAGAGAAUCGGGAUCUGGAGCAUCUGAAGGUCACUGUUGGUGUAGAUGGGACACUGUACAAACUACAUCCUCAUUUCUCAAGGAUUCUUCAAGAAACAGUGAAAAAGCUGUCUCCGCAGUGCGAUGUAACAUUUAUGUUGUCGGAAGAUGGGAGCGGAAAAGGAGCCGCCCUCAUUACAGCAGUGGCCAAGCGAUUUCACAGCCGUGGAGAAGAGGAGACAAAAUGAUAUUAUUGUACAAGGGUUCGGUGAAGGCGCCAGCCACCUUGCAGAGAACAGCGUCUCUAUAGUUGGUCUAACUUUUUCAUUAACCAGAGCACUGCCUGAAAAUACCAAAAACUACUUUUUCUACAUUAAAUAUUUGCUGGAUAUCUGUUGAAUAACACCUGCUUUAAUUUCAGAUUUCUUGUGCUUAUUCUCCUCUUUUUUUCUGGGUAGGCCCUCUUAUAGGCCAAGUGCACAUAAGCAGAUCAUCCACUUUCCUCCUCCUGUGGCUGAGGAACACAGAUCCACUGCCAUGCACACCUUCCUGUAGUUCCACUGGCCGGCAUGGCCUGUAUGGAGCUACACGGAGUGGAUAUUGGCGCUGAAAUGCAAAUGUAUGCACUUUUUCACAGAUAUCUGCUCCAAUUAUCGCUAAACAGGCUGAUGCUGUUCCUCUCAGUAGGACUCAAAAAAAAAAAGAACAUGUGAAAGCGGAUUUGCUUUCCUUAGCCUGAGUACAAAACGCAGGUGGAGGCAAAAGGUGAUCUGCUGACUUAGCUUUCAACAUGGUUACAGAUAACUGAAAACAUUAUUAUAAAAGUCACCCUGCUAAUGGUUUCAGAGGUAUUCAUGGUAGCUCUAUUCAUGGUAGCACUAUAUACCUACAUAACACUAGCAUUCAGGCAAUACCCCCUUCAAAACAAAUUAUAUGGGGCCAGCCUUUCCAAUUUGGGAACUUGAUCCUAAAUUAUCCCAACAGAAGUCAUGACCACAGUCACGACACAUACAUGGUUAUAAAUGGUAAGAGUACUUAUGGCUAAAGGGUAAAGGGUACUUAUGGCUAAAGAGCCAAUGAGAGACACUGAUUUUUUAUUGUAUUUUUUUUUUAAUAAGUUUUUAUUUAGAGCUUUAACAUUUUAAUAACAGCAGUUUAGAGAAAAAGAAAGUAAGGAAGAGAGAAAGAAGACGGGAAUAGAUAGUUUAAGCGGCGAGCCUGGCAAGUUUAUAAAGACGCGCAUUUAAUUUUUGUUUUAUUUAAGUCAUUAAUCCCAGCAGCAAAACAAAGACAAAAUGCAAGGACUGUCCCUGCAAAAUGUCUAUGAUAAUAUCACCUUGGUCAUGGCACCCAUUGGAAAUCACUGCCACAAAGCAUAGACAUUUGCAUAGGCAUCCAUAUAUGUAGUGUUUGUCUCUGUGUUCCUCCCUGGGGAAGCUGAAGAAAGAAAAUUGCUGAGUGAUGUCAACUUUACUGGCUUUUUGUUUUAAGAAAUAUUACAUUUUUGUAUGAAAAAUAAAGUGUUUUACAUUUUAAUGUUUA